AUGGACUAUAAACUAGAUGACAAGUUUAAACAACUGGCCGCAGGCGCGCCGUACGGCUCACGAUAUUACACACGCUUUGAGUUAGAGGACAGUUACAUCACUCGACUGCCGGCCCGUAUAUUUCACGGCAUACAGUUUGGCGAACUCAAGUUUGUCGGUUGUAGUAAACUAUCAUGUGUUGACCCUGGUGCUUUUGACGGACUCGGACCACGUAUCAAUCGGUUCACCGCUGAGUUGUCUAAUUUCAGUACAUCGCGUGGCUAUUUACGGUGCACGCUAAAUUUCGCCGCGUUGAGUACAUUGACUAAUGUGGAGACCAUUGAGAUAAAGGGCAGUCAAAUUCUAACAAUACCGGAAAACGCAUUCAAUGACAAUAUGGGUGUACUCACAAACUUGCACACCGUUGACUUUGGCGGCAGAACGACCAAGGGUGUUAUACAAAACAUUAGCGCAAAAGCAUUCUCCACAUUACGAAACGUGCGCCUUAUAGACGUGUCCAAUCAGAACAUCUCGGUGAUUGGCCAGGAUGCGUUCACAUUCAACUACCGUAACGACGAGCGGCUAACCAUACGACUAGAGUCUAACUCGUUGACCGGGCACGGUUUCGUGGGUCGGGUGUUUCCCAUCAAUCGGCCCCUAACCAUAACAAUGGGCGGCAACGCUAAGCUCCACUAUUUGCCCGAGGCAACUUUCUAUGAUCUAUUUGUCGAAACGGGUGGCUACAAAAAUACACUGGAUUUGGGCGGCGAUCAGAUGGAGAUUGACGUAAACAACGAAUGGAUCGUCAAGUAUAAAGUGGAGUUAGAUUUGAAGGAUAAGCUGUUCAACGCGUGGGGAGACGACGGCCGGGAACUACUCAAACACACUGACAAACAGAUGCAAAAGCCGGCGCCCACUGACGCAACUAACGUUGUCAACGAUACCACGUUAUUACUGUCGGUGCUAUCACUGACUCGGGCGAGUGAUUUCUGUCCAAACCCGGAGGAAUUUGCACCAUGCACGUGCCUGAACGAUGUUAUUACAUGUAUCAACGCCGAGAAAAAAUUGAACCUUGAUGAUAAGUUCAGACUACUGGCCGCCGGCGCUCCGCCCGGCUCUCGAUUCUAUACCCGGUUUGAGUUGGAGGACAGUUACAUCACUCGACUGCCGGCCCAUAUAUUUCACGGCAUACAGUUUGGCGAAUUAAAAUUCUCAAGUUGCACUCAGCUGUCGUGUGUGGACCCUGGUGCUUUUGAGGGACUAGGAUUUUGUAUCAAUAAGUUCACUGCUGAAUUAACUAAUUUCAGCGCUCCGGUUAGCGCGUCGUGCGAUCUGUUCGCCGCGUUGAGUACAUUGACAAAUGUGGAGACCAUUCAGAUCACUGACAGUCAAAUCACUCAAAUACCGGCAAACGCUUUCAAUGACGGUAUGGGUGAACUCACGCACCUGCGCAAGGUUGAUUUCGGUGGUAAACUGCUCAAGGGCCAUAUUCACACAGUUAACCAACGUGCAUUUUACACAUUACCAAAUGUAAGCCUGAUCGAUCUGUCCAACCAGAACAUCUCGGUAAUUGGCCAGGAUGCGUUCAUGGUAAAACAUACAAACGUCGAGCGACUCAACAUACGACUAGAAUUAAACUCGUUGGCAGGGCACUCUUUUACCUACGAGGUGUUCCCCAUUAAUCGGCCCCUAAAAAUAACCAUGGGCGGUAACAAACAACUGCAUUAUUUACCAAGAAGCACAUUUUACUACAUAUUGGCCCAAACCGGUGACAUUGUAAUCGACUUAAAGGGCGAUCAGAUGGAGAUUGACGUAAACAACGAAUGGCUCGUCACAUAUAAAGAUGAUAUCAAUUUAAAGGUGAAGCUCACGAACGCCAUGGGAGACGACGACCGGGAACUACUCCAACACACUGUCGACGAAAUGCGUAGACCUGUGCCCACUGACGCCUCCAACGUGGUCAACAGUAAUAAUGAUGAUCAUAACGUUUAA